UUUCCAGCAAAUAAAUCAUGCCAUCUCCCUCCUUCAAUAUCCUCAUUCAUAUUCUAUACUUUGCUUCUUUAUUUCAGCCCAGAGAAAUGGCCACAACGGGUCCAAAUCUCAACCAGACAAACCAUGAUGAGGUUGCUUUUCCAGAAAACCCUCAAUCUCACAAACUCAACCUCUCCCUACUUUGGCACAAAAAUUACCCACCGGGUUUUCUCACUAAGGUGUUCGCAGAGAUUAUAGCCACGUACCUGUUGGUGUUUAUGACAUGUGGAUCAGCGGCUCUGAGUGGGAGUGAUGAACGGAAAGUUUCGCAGCUGGGGGCGUCGGUGGCCGGUGGCCUCAUUGUGACUGUGAUGAUCUAUGCAGUUGGCCACAUCUCCGGUGCCCACAUGAACCCUGCUGUGACUACAGGUUUUGCAGCCGGCGGGCACUUUCCCUGGAAACAAGUGCCAUUUUAUGCAGCAGCACAGUUUACCGGGGCAAUUUCAGCUGCAAUGACGUUGAGAGAACUACUGCACCCAAUCACACAGCUUGGCACAACAUCACCUUCAGGAACAAACCUCCAAGCUCUGAUCAUGGAAAUAGUUGUAACAUUUUCUAUGAUGUUCGUUGCCUCAGCUGUUUCAACUGAUGCCAAAGCUACAGGAGAGCUUGCAGGUGUUGCAGUCGGUUCUGCAGUGUGCAUAACAUCUAUCUUAGCGGGGCCAGUAUCCGGUGGAUCAAUGAACCCGGCAAGGACAAUAGGACCAGCAAUUGCUAGUUCAUACUAUAAGGGACUCUGGGUGUAUUUUCUGGGGCCAGUUAUAGGAACAGUUAUGGCAUCAUGGAGUUAUAACCUUAUUAGGCAGACUGAUAAGUCUGCUCAAACACCUUCGUCUUCAUUCAAACUUGGCAAAAUGAAGCGUAGUGGCACUGAUAGACAGCUUUCAAACGGAGACCCUCUUAAUGUUGUUUGAAAAUAUCAACUCUAAAAAGUAGAGGGCAUUGUCACUCACCUGCAUGUUGAGUUUGAAUUUGUCCUUGACAAUUCUGUGUAAUGUGUAUGGCUCUUGUAAUAUACUGUGCCGACCAGCUGAAAUCGAGAAAUAAAAUAAGCUUGCUAUUAUGCAGAAAACAA